AAUCACAUUUUUCUCUCAUAUCUCUUAAACAAAAACCCUAACUUUACCCAGCACACAAUCACAGCCGCCAUAUCCUCUGCCGGAAAAUCAAACGCCGCCAAAGACCAGAGAUUUGUUGUUGUAGACACUGGCUUCAUCUCCAUCGCCGCCAUAGAGGUCUGAUUACAUCAGAUUUGUCACCCAAACACUCGGUGGUGGUCAGGGGAUUCCGGCGUUGUGGUUUCCGGCAGUGUUGGUUGCAAAGAUGAUGAUGGCACUCAUGGUUGCCGGAGACUAAGGUGGUGGUUGUCGAAUAUGGUGGUGGUUUCUGGUCACCACAUUAAGUUUUUGGUGGAAUUCAUGUUUUUCUCUCCUCUGCGACUCUGUUUACUCCGUUGACCCAAAUAAGUGCACAACAUGACGGAAAUGGUGGCCGUAGCCAUCGGCGGAGGCUGCGACGGCCCAACAGAGAUCUGGUAAAUCUAGAUUUUGAACGCGGAAACUUAGAUCUGGCAACGUGAUCGACGCAUGCAUACAGUUUCUUGAGGAUAUCACGACUCGCAAUGGCAGCCAUACGAUUGAAAUCACUUCCACUACGACUCACAAACUUCAUGACGAAGCAACUCCGUCCGAUUAUUCAGUCAAAAGGCUUCAAUUCUUCAGGUGGGCACACCACUGAUGAAGUGAAGGCUAUGUUCGAGGCAUGGAUGGUUGAACAUAAAAGAGUGUACAACACCCUUGCAGAGAAGGAGAAGAGGUUUCAGAAUUUUAAAGAUAAUCUCAAGGAUAUAGAAAAGCACAACUCCACCGGAAAUUCUACUUACCGGCUAGGACUCACUAAGUUUUCAGAUAUGACCCAUGAAGAGUUCGGGCGUAUAUAUGGCGGGCGGAUUGCGGACCCAUGAGAAAUAUUUUCAAGGGAUGUAGUCCGGUUUUUUUUGCCUAAAAUAUACACUAUUUUUUUUACAAGAGGUGUGGCCGUUCACCCAUGACUGUGGUUAGGUCCGUCCCUUUAGCAACUAUGUUUUAUUUUGACUUGUGACGUUUGCCCAUUUAGACCCGUUUUAAGGUAGCGUGUUUUAUAACUAUUAACCUAUUGGAUAAACAAAGAAGCAAUACUAUUAACGUAGAACUAAACCAAAUAUGGCCAGUCCCGGUCCAGAUUUGGUUCUUCGGUUUUGUUGGUUUUGGGUCGAGUUUUGCACACUCUUAAUCUUUAUUUUGAGUUCUUAUUAUGUGAAGCCAUGUCUUAUUUUAUAACUAGCAAUUUAAAAGUUUUUAACUUGUACAACA